AUGGAUGUCCACUCACUUGCGGUAUGGAAACAUCCCAUCUUAACUUUAGAUUAUUUCUGUAAAGAAGUAGUUUGUUUAUCCAAAUCACUUGUUAAAAAAUUAAUUUGUUAUAAGUUAUAUGUGCUUCUGGCACUUUUAGUAAUUUCUACUCCAAUUAUUUUAUUAUACAUUGAAGGUCCUCAUUUACCAAUAUUAAUAUGGGCAAAAUCAAAAGUUGUAUGGUGUCUCUAUUGGUUAGGUCUAGGAGUCUUAUCAUCUGUUGGUUUUGGUACAGGCCUUCAUACAUUCCUUCUCUACUUGGGCCCGCACAUAACCUCUGUCACUUUGGCCGCCUAUGAAUGUGGUGGACUUAACUUCCCUGAGCCCCCAUAUCCAGAACAAAUCAUUUGUCCUGAUGAAGUUGACAGCGCAUGGAUAGCCAGUUUAUGGAACAUCAUGUUAAAAGUACGAGUUGAAGCCAUGAUGUGGGGAGCAGGUACUGCUCUUGGUGAAUUGCCUCCAUACUUCAUGGCUCGUGCUGCUAGACUUUCCGGUAGACCACCAGAUGAAGACAAGGAAGAUUUAAUAGAAUUUGAAGAAUUACUGAAAAAAGAAAAGCAUCCUGAAACAAUGACUCUGGUAGACAAGUCAAAAUUGUUUGUCGAGCGACUCGUAAAAAAAGUUGGUUUCUUUGGAAUAUUAGCCUGUGCAUCUAUUCCGAAUCCAUUAUUCGAUCUUGCUGGGAUUACAUGUGGACACUUUUUAAUACCGUUCUGGACGUUUUUCGGGGCUACUCUUUUGGGUAAAGCUGCCAUUAAAAUGAGCAUACAAGUGUUGUUUGUUGUAGUGGCUUUUAAUGAAACACUGAUUGCAAGUGUACUCGAUAUUGUUGGCAAAAUCCCAGGAGUUGGAAAAAAAUUGCAGGCACCUAUUACAACGUUUUUAGAAAACCAAAAACAAAGGUUACAUGCCAAAAAAGACUCAAAGGGCACACAAUACACAUAUUGCUGUGAAAUUGUUUGA